GUGUUUUUACUCACUAUAGUUGUAUAUUAGGGCCCGGGGCCCCUGUUAGUCCAGUAGCCAACAUGCCGCUGACUGCAGGUGUGAUCCGCCGGCUAGAUGAGACCGUGGUGAACCGAAUUGCUGCAGGAGAGGUGAUCCAGAGACCCGCCAACGCCAUUAAGGAGAUGAUAGAGAACUGUUUGGAUGCUAAAUCAACCAACAUUCAGGUGACUGUGAAAGAUGGGGGCAUGAAAUUAAUCCAGAUUCAAGAUAACGGUUGUGGAAUCAGGAAAGAAGACAUGGAUAUAGUAUGUGAGAGGUUUACCACAAGCAAACUGCAAUCUUUUGAAGAUUUGUCUAGCAUUUCUACUUAUGGAUUUCGAGGAGAAGCGUUGGCAAGCAUCAGUCACGUGGCUCAUGUAACUAUAACCACAAAAACAGCAGAUGGAAAAUGUGCAUACAGAGCAAAUUAUUCAGAUGGAAAACUAAAAGGUCCUCCAAAACCAUGUGCUGGUAAUCAAGGAACACAGAUUACGGUUGAAGAUCUCUUUUAUAAUGUGUCCACACGGCGAAAAGCUCUGAAAAGUCCAAGUGAAGAGCAUGCAAGAAUAGUUGAGGUUGUGAGCAGAUAUGCCAUUCACAACUCUGGAAUUGCAUUCUCUGUCAAAAAACAAGGAGAGACCAUGGCAGAUGUGAGAACAUUAUCAAAUGCAACUACAGUAGAUAAUAUCCGGUCUACAUUUGGAAACGCUGUCAGCAGGGAAUUAAUAGAAGUGGGCUGUGAAGAUCCAAAGCUAGCAUUUAAAAUUAAAGGUUAUGUGACUAAUGCCAACUAUUCAAUGAAGAAGUGCAUUUUCUUGCUAUUCAUAAAUGCACGACUAGUUGAAUCAAGCUCCUUAAAGAAAGCCAUAGAGACUGUGUAUGCUGCCUAUUUACCAAAGAACACCCACCCAUUUCUGUAUCUGAGCCUUGAUAUUGUCCCUCAGAAUGUUGAUGUGAAUGUGCACCCAACAAAGCAUGAGGUACAUUUCCUGCAUGAAGACAGCAUUAUUGAGAAAGUGCAGCAGCAUAUAGAGAGCAAAUUGCUGGGAUCCAAUUCCUCUAGAUUGUACUUCACACAGACAUUGUUACCUGGAGCCUCUAUAUCUGCAAGUGAAGUUACCAAGCCAGCAUCAGGUUCUUCAUCUGCAUCUCAGAAGUCAGGAGACAAAGUGUAUGCUCACCAGAUGAUCCGCACUGAUUCUAGGGAGCAAAAAUUGGAUGCUUUCCUCCAGCUAGUAAGCAGGUCUCAGCCACCAACUUCCCUACAGUGUCAACCCUCGAAGGCUGAAGAGCAAAAUUGUCCAAAAGGUAGCACUCUGGAAAGAGUAAGUGAUGUGGAGUUGCUUGAAGUCUUAGAGACAACAUCCAGUAGAGAGGAUAACGGAACGGAACGAAAAGAAACGGUUUCUAGCACAUCAAUCAGAAGGAAGAGGCCACAUGCAGACUCUGAUGUGGAAAUGAUAGAAGAUGAAUCUGACAAUAAUAUGACUGCUGCCAGCACACCAAGGAGAAGGAUUAUUAAUUUAACUAGCAUUCAAAUCUUGAGGAAAGAGACUGAAGAAAGGGCUCACAAAAACCUCCAGGACAUGUUGCGUAAUCACUCUUUUGUGGGCUGUGUAAGUCCACAGUGGGCUUUAGUUCAAUAUCAGACAAAGCUAUAUCUUCUGAAUACUACAAAGUUGAGCCAGGAAUUGUUUUAUCAGAUACUUAUUUUUGACUUUGGAAACUUUGGCAUAAUGAGACUUUCCGAAUAUGCUCCACUUUAUGAUUUGGCAAUGCUAGCCUUGGAUACACCGGACAGUGGAUGGACGGAAGAAGAUGGACCUAAAGAAGGACUGGCAGAGUACAUAGUUCAGUUUCUGCAAAAAAAGGCUGAGAUGCUGAGAGACUACUUCUCACUUGAAAUUGAUGAGAAAGGAAACCUUACAGGACUUCCACUAUUGAUUGACAACUAUAUUCCACCUUUGGAAGGAUUACCAAUGUUUAUCCUACGUUUAGCCACAGAGGUGAACUGGGAUGAUGAAAAGGAAUGCUUUGAAAGCUUUAGUAAAGAAUGCUCUAUGUUUUAUUCCAUAAGAAAGCAGUACAUACUGCAGGAACAUGCAACUGAGGAUUCUGAAUUAGGUUCAGCAUCCUGGCGAUGGACAACAGAACACAUCCUGUACAAAGCUUUCCGGACUCACUUGCUACCUCCAAAUCCAUUUGCAGAAGAUGGAAGCAUCUUACAGCUUGCAAACCUUCCAGAUCUUUACAAAGUAUUUGAAAGAUGCUAGUGUACCCCCUGCCAAUAGAUAUAUAACAUCCAUAUUGGGAAUAUAUAUACGUCAUCCUUCACUGUAAGGAACCACUAACUUUAUUAUCUAUCACAGAUUGGAGCAUAUGAGGUAUAUAUUGUUAAUUCAAUUCCUGCUGGUUGGAUGGGACAUCACUAUGCACUCAGUUCCAAUUACAUUUCCUGGUGGUUUUGGUUUCCAUGGACAUAAUUUGUGUAUGUGUUUCUUCUAGGCACAAUGCAUAAAUAACUCUAUAAAAUAUAUAUUUAAUACUCAACAUUAAGCACAGGUACAAGUUAUUAAUUGAAAGGUAAAUGGUUGUGAAAGUGAAUUUCAAAUUUAAGUCAGACUACUCUAACUGAAAAUGUAUUUGAUUUGGAUAAUUUUUCUAGUGUGGCUAUUUUAUCUCUAAAUUAAGUCUUCAGCUCCAUGUGUAAAAAGUAGAAUUCAUGAUUUAAUACAGUGUCACAAAUAUGUACCUUUAAAUGCAAUCACAAAGUGUACCGUUAGAGAGCAAGUGUGCAUCUGUUUUAGGUGUUAUUUUCUGAUAUGUGAAUAUUAUAUAAGGUAAUGAUUGAAUGCUAAAUAAAGAGGAGUAUUUUUGCA